GGCGGCGAUGCACGUCGCGACUCGGUUACACGAGCGUGGAUAACUAUAGUCGACGGGUUUGAACCCGCGAUAAAUCCGUUAACCGAUUACUAAACUAGUAUUUGAACGGAAACUUGCCGGCAGUCGAUUUAGCGUAAUGUAAACAGAUAAGCAUUGUUCAAGAUUUCCGGAAUAGUUUGUUGAUUUAAAGCAUACAAUAGGUAUUUUUCGGUUUAAUUGUGAGUACAGUGCAGGUGAAUGUGCCCGGGCAAUGGCCGGUGGUCAGAGACAAUGGCUAGUGGCGCUCGUAUGGGCAGCCCUGGGUUCAGUUUUGGCGGAUUCCUGGACGACUUAUCAGGAACAACCAUGCUGUCGUCCUGUUACACAUCACCGAGUUCGACACCACAGGGAUCACAUCAGAGAGUUUGCGUGCGGGACGUUGUUCUAUCGUUCCUUAUACAUUAAUGAAGAAAGGAACACACUUUAUGUUGGUGCUAUGGAUCGAAUAUUUAAGUUAAAUUUAACAGAUAUUAGUCAAUCACAUUGUGAGAGAGACGCUCUAUUAUUAGAGGCAAGUAAUGUAGCUCGUUGUGUAAGCAAAGGAAAAUCAGAGCCAUUUGAAUGUAGAAACCACAUUCGAGUAUUGCAGCCUCUUGGUGAUGGAGAAAGGUUGUACGUGUGCGGUACAAACGCUCAUAGCCCCAAAGAUUGGGUGGUCUAUUUAAAUCUAACGCACCUGCCACGGCACGAAUAUGUGCCAGGAGUUGGACUUGGCGUGGCCAAGUGCCCCUAUGACCCGGCGGACAACAGCACCGCAGUGUGGGUCAAUCGGGGCAACCCUGGUGGCCUGCCAGCGCUGUACGCCGGAACGAAUGCCGAAUUCACUAAGGCUGAUCCGGUCAUAUUCCGGAACGACCUAUUCGAUUUACGAACGGGUCAAAAGAGGUUCAAUUUUAAACGGACGUUGAAGUACGACUCGAAAUGGUUGGACAAAACCAAUUUUGUGGGAUCGUUCGAUGUUGGGGAGUACGUUUUGUUCUUUUUUCGGGAAACCGCCGUGGAGUUCAUGAACUGCGGCAAAGCUGUUUACUCUCGAGUGGCGAGAGUGUGCAAACAAGACACUGGUGGCAAGCAUAUACUGAGCCAGAAUUGGGCCACUUAUUUAAAAGCCAGACUGAAUUGCAGCAUACCUGGAGAGUUUCCCUUCUACUUUGAUGAGAUACAAAGCGUAUAUCAGAUGCCGGGUGAUAGCAGUAAAUUCUAUGCGGCCUUCACAACCGGUGCAAGCGAUGGUCUGGUUGGAUCAGCCAUCUGCACAUUUACGAUGGAAGACAUACAGGAAGCCUUCGCUGGAAGGUUCAAAGAACAGGCCACAUCAAGCUCGGCGUGGUUGCCUGUGCUCCGCGCCCGUGUGCCGGAACCACGUCCAGGCACGUGUGUCAACAAUACAGAGGCGUUGCCCGAUAGCGUGCUCAAUUUUAUCAGGUCUCACCCACUAAUGGACUCUGCUGUGAGACAUGAGGGUGAUGCUCCAGCUUUCUACAAGCGAGAUCUCGUCCUGACUACACUGGUGGUAGAUCGGCAGACAGUUGACAUGCUGGCCCAGGAUAUCACUUACACUGUGUUCUAUGCGGGGACUAGUGCUGGUGAAGUGUAUAAGAUCGUUCAGUGGGCUGGAGGCGGAUCCCGCGUGGUAGAUAUAUGGCAAGCGGCGGGCGAUGAACCCGUCCGUGCGCUUGCGCUGUCGAGGCUCACCCAUGCCCUCUACUUGGCUACAGACAACAGAUUACGUCAGCUACCUUUACAUGCGUGCGCGCAUCGGUAUGACAGCUGUGUGCGCUGUGUCCUAGAUCCAUAUUGCGGUUGGGAUAAAGAGGUCGGCGCAUGUCGGUCCUACACUCCAGGAUUACUCCAUGACGCUACAAAUUCCACUCCAUCUAUUUGCGAAGCGAGCGCCCCUUUAAAAACAGUCAGAGCUGGUUAUGGACAGAGCGUGCACCUCGCCGCGUUUGCCAAGACGCCGCAAGUUUUGACAGAUCAAAUCGUCGCCUGGUACCAUCAUUCGAGAGAGAGGGGCAGAUAUAAAAUAAGUUAUAAUUCGGAGCGAGUUUUGUUGACAUCCGAGCGUGGUUUGGUGCUACUGGCAGUUACAGAAUCUGACAGGGGCCGGUAUGAGUGCUACUUUGGACCCAUUCUGGUUGCUUCGUACAAUUUGGACAUAGAUAUGCACAGAUGUACGCAGCCAAAUAAAUCACAGGAGUACAGGCAAGUGUACUCUGAUUGGUGUCAUGAGUUUGAAAAGUACAAGAGCGCUAUGAAAGCGUGGGAGUCUCGUCAAUUGCAAUGUUCGAAAAACAUGAAUUCAAACCAGCAGAACAAUAUGAGCAACGAGAUUGUCGCUUCGCUGCGGUGAUAUGCAUUUAUUGUUUAUGAAUCGUUUUAAGAAAUAUUAUUGUUACAAAAUAUGUUAUGUACGGCUUCUAAUACAGCGUUAAAGGGUCCUUUAUUGUUUGGACACAAUUAAUCCGUAGAACUAUAAACAGUGACAAAAUUAAUGCGCUGAAACGAUACGCACAAUCGAAAAGUUAGCAAAAUGUAUAAUAUAUACGAAUAGUAUUCGUAUAUUAAAUUUGGUACGAGAAUUUGGUAAAUCUUUUGGCAUCACAGAUAACAAAUGUCAUAAACAAAAGCCAUUGUCCCACUGGUAAGGGAUAAAUGAUAAUUUAAAACGUAAAACGGAACGGUCAUGGCCAUCAUUUUUUUUAGCAAUUGUUAAUUUUUUAUCUGAUUUUAUUUGAGUCCAAUGUCGAGUUUUGGUGCAUAAAAUGUUUAAAAUUUAAGAAAUAUUCACGGUAUAGUCUCAUUCAUAUGUACGACGCAAGUGCUAUUUACACAAGACAACAUGUCUUUGUCACAAAUCAAUAAAAACGAUGGCAAAAUUCCGUGAAUUGGGCUUUGAAUUGCUAACGCGUCUACUGUAUUCUCCAGAUUUGGCCUCCAGCAAGUUCUUCUCGCUGGACAGAAAUGGCGAAACUGAAACCUAUUUUGAGGCUAAAGACAAAUCUUACUAUAAAAAUGGUAUUGCAAAAAUUGAUUGUAUGAAUCGCUAAAUCGCUCUCGAAAACUAUAUUGAAUAAUGAAAAUGAUUAAUAUAUAUAAUAUGCACUGAUUAAUAUAUAUAAUAUGCACUGAUUAUUCGUCAUCAUUAGAAUUCUUUCAGUUCCCAAAUAUAUUACCUCAAGAUAUUAUUAGAAUUAAUUUAGCCAACAAUAAUUCCGUUUGAAAUGAGCGGCUAACGAUGUUACAGAAAAUAACACAAAAUGCCGAAUAAUCGACAAAUAUGCUUUGAAAUGACUGGUAUAUUAGCUUACGAAAUGACUAGGGGAACAUAAUUUGGUAAGGGAAUGAUCGAAAAUACAUUUGUAUACAAUACGUUCCAGACACUGACUUUGUUGAUAGAUGGAUGUUAAGAUUACAAAUAACAUUAUUUGACUAUGGUAAUGCUAAUUUAUUUGUUUAACAACAAAAUAAGCUACCCUUACAGAUUACAACACAACACAUACACAGAAUAAAACACAACGUUAACCAGUAAUAAAUUAAAAUUUACAAAAAACUUUUUGCUAAAUUAGGAACUAACAUUAAUCCUAUUGUCAGUUCACACAACGGGCAAUUAAAAACGUCUGUUAAUAUAUGCAGUUACUUAUUUCUUACAUUGUGUGCCCAUUUCGAGAGGUUAUUAUAACAUACGCCGUAGUGCGACGUCUUAAGUACGAAAUAUGAAUCACCAUCAUAGUAGCAUAUAUUAUGUACAUAACACAAAUCAAGAAACAGGUAGUGACCUGUUUCUUGAUUUGUGUGUUUCUAUUAUUGCUAGUUGUAAUUAAUGUAAUGUCAAACCAAUCUUUUAAUAUGUCAGUGCGCAAUACAAUAUUUGACUAAUGACAAUCAAAUAACAAUCCUUUCCUGUGUGUAGUCCUCACCGCAAAACGUUAAAUCACCAAGUAGUUUUGACAAUGACAGUAGACAUCACGACUGUCAAAUGGCGCGCUAAAUGUCACUGAACUUUGAAGUCACUGAACCGAUUUCUGUAUUUGUGUGCGACAAUACAAUGAGCCUUAAUUUUACGCUUUUGAAAGUUUAUUUCUCCCGUCUAAAUAUUAAUAAAUAUUCGUGUAAAUAGUAAAUAAUGGUGAUAACUACUUAAAUGCUGUGAUAUCAGUUUGCAUAUAAAUUGUUACAAUUCGUUUUUGAAAUUUAUGUAAAUUAAAUCGGGGUUCGAUUGUAUUGCCUUUAUAAGGAGAAAUCUAUAUUAGCAGCAUUGUUUCAAGGAAUCUGGAAAUCUGGAAUUUUCGGUUUGUAUAUAUAUUAUUGUCGAGAAAAAAUCCAUCUUAUUAUUGUUAUGCCUCAAUUAUGAUUACCAAACAAUUCGUGUCCUCAUUAAACUUGCCAGUUAAUUAGUUAUUCAAUCAUAUAAUAAACAAUAAUGAACUAUAAACUCAUUAAUAAUCAACUUUAUAUGAAUCACACCAAUAAAACUGUAUAAUUCAAACAUGCAUUUUACUAAAGCGUGUAGGUGAUGUAUAGUGCAUCAUUAUAGACAUUCAUAGAUUACAGACGACAGAUAAAAAAUAUAUAAUCAACAUUCAAUAUCCGUGCAGCGGUGUCAAUAUAGAUACAUACAGUGACAGAUACUUUUUUUGGCCGGCAGCUGAAAUUGAUACUACCACCGCCAUUUUGGUACGUACAAUAAAAAUCCAAGUAAAAUGUAUUUAUUUUUAUUCCUUGCAUUAUUAAUUUAAAAUGGCAAAGUUUAUAUUAUCGAACAGUUCUAAUGUGUAUAUAUAUAAUAUAAUAUCAGUUGUUCAUAUUUUUCAAGUUUGUGUCAUAUUUAUUUAAGCUGUAGCUAGAAAUGUAUUUUCUAGAUACUAGUAUACACUAUUUUAUUUAGACAUUUCAACAAAUUAUUAAGUAAGCCGGCGUGACUUCAAAAUAUUCCCCGUAUAAUGGUUAAUUUUUAUUUACUGGCAAUACUAAUAUCAAUGACAGCGACGCUCUUACCGGCCAAGAAAAAGUAUGUGGCACUGUAACUACUUCUUGCAACUCUAUAUAUUUAUGAUUUUUUAAAGCUAUAGUCCUAGUAGCUAUAUACAAAUUAAUUUUUACUAAAUAAAGUAUGUUGAAUGACAGAUAUUUUUCAUCGUAAUCGAACCCUGGUUUAAACCGUACGAAGACCAACAGUGGUAUUAGAAAUAUAUAAUAUAUGAAAUAGUAUUCGUCCGAUCAGCAAGAGCAAUAUAAAUGCCAAUUUAGAUUUAAGAUCUAGAUUGUUCAGGCUUUUAUCUAGCAUUUAGGAUAAGGGAUACUUGAUAAGUUUAAUUUAAAAAUAAUAAUAAUUAUUAUUAUUAAUAAGUUCUAAAAUCUGUAUCUAUGUGUUGGUUCGUAAAUAAAUUAGACUCGAGAUGUGUCAAAUUCUUUACAAAGACAUUUGACUGUGACGUAACAUUCGUAAUUUUAGGUUUGAUCCAAAAUUUACAUUCAUAGGAUUCAUUUCGUACAAAGUGCUGUUGUUUUCUCUAGUAUUUAAUUAUUAGAAGCAUUUCCCGUCACUUAAACUCUAUGUGAUACGUGGGAACUAAAUAGUACUUACCAAAUAGAACCUCUUUAGGAAAGCAACUUCAUCUAUCCAUAACGAAACAUGUUCCGUCACUGUCAAAUGUCUUUGUCGGGGUUUUACAGCUUUCUAUAUACAGAAUAUAUAUCUAUAUAUUAUUUCAAUUAUGAAUGUAACCCUUUUAUUCUAACGCAGCUUAAAAUAGCUUUUAUUUGUCAUCCAGUCACAGAUUAAAAAAAUAACAUUAUUAUCUGUUAUGACAUUGUGAAUAUCAUAUUUUGUUGUAAAAGCUGUCGAAAUGUGUAAUUUUACAGUUUCGGAGUCAAACCGAAUUUAACAUGGGGCUGAUUUGACAAACUAAAGUAAAAAAUAAAUUCUUUAGUAAGGCGACAGCGGGUGAAUAGAUAAAUGCCUACAUCACGCAGGUAACAACGCAAAGUGUAAAGUGUCCACAGCAAUUACCAACUUAUCUCGAUUAAAAAAAAGUCUUGUACAUGGCUAGUUGACAGUUGACAAAUGUUCAUUUUUUUAGGUAAUAUUUUGACAGUUGUCACAGGACGUGACAUCCAUCGAUUCAAGCAAUAAUACAGAUACAUAGCGAAUUCAGAUGACGUAUUCAAUCAAUUGUGGUCAAAUCAGUAAAAACUUAAAUUUUAUAAAAUUAUUCCUUUCGUAUCUUACUAGUAUAGUGCCUUGAAGCAUGCUUAAUAGAAUUAAGAUCUAAAAUAAAAUGAAGCAAUAAUUUGUUAAGUGAAUAGAAAAUUUAACAGUAUUUCGUAAAUAUAUAUUGUUAACUUAGAUUAUUAAGAAAGUUACGCAUUUUCAUUGAUUGAGUUGCUAAAUUAAUCACGAUGUUAUAUGAUAAAUUAAGCUUGCCUUAUCACACUGAUAUUAAUUUUAGUUGGAGACAGUCUUGCGUACCCCCUUUUACUGUACGUCUGUCAUAACUAGGGCGUCAUUUCCAAUGCAUCUAAUUUAUAACAGAAAGCUUUGGACUCUUGUAAUACUGACGGUUAACGCUGAAAUUUUAAAGCGUAGUUUGGGGCAAGAUUCAGAGACAAGACUAACCGAUGAAUAUGACUCGCAUGUGUCAUUUGAUGGCGUAGUUUCUCAAGUACGCUUUUUAAAUUUCAGUUUCAGCAUUUAUAAUUAGAAUUAAACAUAUUACUUGAUUGUGAUUGGUCCAGAGCAUAACCAAUCAUAAACAAGCUAGCUAUCUGCUGUUGCAUGUAUAGCUCUUCACUAGUUAAUGCUACAACCCCUGACCAAAUAUCUUAAAAUGAAAUAGACGAAGUUCUUUGGUGAAGUUUGGUGAAAAUACAAUACAAUUUUGUUUUUAAAGGGUCUCUAGUGAUGUAAAUAUUGUCUAGUAUCCGUUACAAUUUAUUGAAAUGGUUCAUAAUGCAACAUUUGUUACACGAAUAAAACAUUUAAAAAUUUGAAUUUAUGAACUAAUUAUUCGAUAUCUUUAAAAAUGUAUUCUCUUGCCUGUUCCUAAAUUAUUCGUUAAGUGAUCGUUAAAUGUAUUAGUUGCACCAGCCUUUCGAUAUAUUAAUCGUUUAGUGGACGACUCUGAGGCUAAGUAAUAAACCCCCAUAAAAUCUACACAUUGUCUCGUUUCUUUCCGUCGUAUUGCGUUUACCCUAUGAGAAAAGAAGACAAAUAGAUACGGUGUAAUUGCACAGAUUUUUGGGGGAUUUAAUGCUAAGCACAACGCUUCUAGUUUUAAGUUGUGUCAUUUGAAUAUUUCCUAUAACUUGCCUCUCGAUGUAGGAAAAUGUAAAUUGUACAUACAUUAGGAAUCUUGUGGAUUUCUAAAUAUGUAGAAUAAAUACCAAUGUUUAUUGUAAAGAUGUUGUUAAGUUAGAUUAUAAGCUAUUGUUUUAUAAAAAGAGCGCAAAAUAAAUUAUUUUAGA